GUCAGCGGYAUUCUUCUWAAGAACAAGAAGUCGUCUCGUGGUUUCAAAAUGGAGGCYUUUUUGCCGGUUUUCAUUGAUGCUGACGAGCAAGAUCAGGUACAAGAAAUAAGAGCUUAUUUCAAAUCCAAAGAUGCCGAGAUMAAAGAGGAGAGUGCAUCACCUCUACAGGAAGAAUUAUCACAGUUAUUGGACUGCUGUCACGUGUGCUUCAAAAAUGAAAAUGACAUGGAAAGCGUAAUGAAUAGCAUUUUGUCUUUGGUUCUUAUUGUCACUGAAAGACGAGACGAACUAAUAAAAAAAUGUUGUGACAAGCUGUCAAGUUCRUUGYCSKYAGAUGACCCWACRUCUCYCGCAAGACUAAGAAUAUUGUCAGUGCUGUUCAGUGGYCUWCACGARUGUGAUUCUAUCCGUUAUGAGGUCUAYGCMGCACAGCUAAUGGUUGCYGUCAAAGGAAAGCUUGCCACAGAAAUACCCACAAACCUUGAUCAAGUGAGAGGCUGGCUUAAYACAUGGGGKUGUGAUGCCGACAAGAAAAGACAUAUAUACAGACUACUCUAUAAUGCACUCUUUGAAGAAAACCUAAGUGAGGAUGCGUCCAAUGUGAUGAUAGAGCUACUCAGCACAUACACGGAAGAAAAUGCAUCUCAAGCUAAAGAAGAUGCCAAGAGCUGCAUUACAAACUGUAUUGCUAAACCUAGUGUUCUCAUYAUGGAUAAUAUUAUUGCAUUGCGGCCUGUUAGAACACUGAAAGGCGAGCCARUUUAUACGCUUUUAGAAAUAUUUGUUUCUGGAAACGUUCAAGAUUACAUCCAGUUUUACAAAAGCAACACAGAAYUUGUCAAUUCAUUAGGUCUUUCACAUGAGAGCAACCUUAAGAAGAUGCGUAUUCUGACUAUUAUGAACAUCGGCAUCAGCAAGCAUGAAGUAUCGUUUGACGAGCUUGCACAACAACUUGAUCUUGAUGUAGACGACAUUGAAGAGUUCAUCAUUGAAGCUGUUCAGACAACGCUGAUAAAAGCAAGACUCGAUCAGAUGAAUAAGAAAGUCAUAAUCAGUUCUGUGUCUCCAAGGACAUUCGAUUCCAAACAGUGGGAAAGCUUACAUGAUCGGCUUGUGCAAUGGCGUAAUAACUUGACAUCAAUCAAUAGUGGCUUACACAGUGUAGUGCCACAAAUACAAACCUAGAACUUUGAUUUGUAAGGUUUUAAUGUACCAGUAACAAUAAAAGAUGUAGAAAAACUGA